UGUGCAAACAGGUCUUAGCGAGAGAGAGAGAGACAGAGUAGAGUGAAGAAGCUGAUAUGGCCAUGGGAAGAGGCAGUGCGAUGGCGGUGUUCGUGGUGGUUGUGUUGGUGGCGCUGAGCUCGGAGUGGGCCGAUGCGGCGACCUACACUGUUGGAGACAAAGGUGGUUGGACCUUCAACGUUGAUGGCUGGCCGAGAGGAAAGACUUUCCGAGCUGGUGACACAGUUGUUUUCAACUAUGGGUCUGCUGUACACAAUGUGGUAGCUGUGAACAAAGCGGGGUAUCAGAAAUGUAGCACAACUCCUGGAAAUGCCAAAGUGUUUCAGACUGGGAGAGAUCGCAUCAGACUUGCCAGAGGACAAAACUACUUCAUCUGCAGUAUCCCUGGACACUGCCAAUCUGGAAUGAAAGUUGCCAUUACUGCCACCUAGAAUCAUCGUCUGGAUAUAAAAGCUAGAGUUAAGCUAACAGUAUCUGGCUAUACUAGUCAGGCCUAAUUAUGUUAUCGAUCAUCUCCUACUUAAAUAUGUUAGUAUAUCCACUCUAUGUACUAGCUUGCUCGCUAAUAAGCUGGAUCUGUUGUUAAGGGUCAAAUAUAUAGACUCAAUAGUCAUUACCACUUUUGUGGAUGAAGAAAUAAUAUCGGGAGAGACUUUAAUGUGGAAA